GGCCCUGUAGACCGUGGCCCUGGUGCGCGCCCAGCUCAAUCGUGUGGGCCGAGCUCAAUCGUGUGGGCCGCGAUGUACUAUUUCAAGCUCUUGAAGCUCUCACGACCCAUGACCAGCUACCGCGCUCACCAAACUAUUAUAUCCUCCGUAUAAAGGGGGUGGGCCGUCUCUCUGCGCUGGGCCCGGUCUUUAGAUCUUCGUCUGGGGUUCGGCUUGCCAGUUCUCAGCAAAAGGAUUGCUGGCCCAUUUUUCUUCUGUCUAUAUUGCCGAUGCAGAUACACGAUGGCCUGCAAGCAGCCACGGCAUGGAAUGCGGGUUUACGAGACUCGAAGUCUUUGAACGACCACGCUGGCCACGUCCCCACUAUGGAUCUAGCCCUCGGGCUCCAAGAAUGCCACGGCCCACGAGGGAGAAUCCCGCGCUUAUAUCUCACCUCUCACAGGAACCGCAGACCACCAGUGUAGUGUGCACUGUACGUCGUACGUCCCUCGAAGGGCCUGCCGUCGGCGGCAUCAAGCCGCCCGGCUUGUAUGUCAACACUGAAAGGUAUAUAUCGAGCUCUGCCAUUGAUGAUUGGAGCAUUUACGGCCUUGCAAGCAAACAGAUCCUGCUUGAUCACAUCUUUGAAGUCCCUCGCGCCUCCUGCCUCCUUGCCUCUCGCCAAGCGGAUGGAUUGGGAAAUCUGGGACACCCGAAUCUCUAUGAGCGUCUGAGAGACUCAGAGAGGGUCGAGGGAAUACUCCGUAAGCAGCGCUGCACCCGGGGCCAUUACUCGUACCGCUUGCCGUCUUUGCCUUUUGGGCUCUACAUGCAACAAUCAGAGUUUGACACAACGUGUGCAGUAGCAGUAGCGCGCGCUGUGCAGAAUUUGCUCAAGUACCUAAACUGGAAGCAAAGAGGCCCAACGCUGCAAGUUUGCAACACUGGAAAUAAGAAAAAGAGAGCCGGGAAAAUGAGGCGGACGAAAAGAGAUUGCGGUGGGAUGCCCUGCGCAGCCACAUGUCCGUAUCACGUGCCACCCCGGCCACUCCCAGUUUCCAAGUCGCCUCAUUUUCCAGUCGAGAGACCUCAACCUCGAGGAACCCCGGGGAGAGCUACCCGCCGGGACGCCUUGGGAGGAACAUCAAAUCAAUGGUUUGCGAUGGCUCUUCCGCCUUCAGAUCAUCAGCCUCAAGAAGUCACGCAGUUCUACCCCUAG